AUGGACUCCUUCAUGAACGCCGGCAAGGAAUACCUUGAGUCGCAGCUCAAGGAGCAGUUCUCUGGCUCUGGCUCUGGCCAUGGCUCUGGCAACCAAGAUGCAUACGGAGGCAACUAUCCCGCUGGCGGUGAUUUCCACCACGAGGACGAGGAUCUGCGCACUGCGCACCAGCACGCCUCCGAAUACGCCGGCUCCUCUGGCAACAGCGCCAUGUUUUCCAACGUCAUCAGCAGCCUUGGCCAGCAGAAGAGCCACUUGGCUAACAGCGACCUCGACGAGCAAGAUGCUAUCCGCAAGCACCAAGAGACCUACGAGCAGGGCGCCGACAACCUAAGUUCCGGCAGCCUCGGCUCUGCCGCCGCCUUACAAGCACUGAAGAAGUUCACACAGGGCGAGACCGGUGGCAACCAGAGCCAGGGCGCGUUCCUGGGCUUGGCCCUGUCCGAGGCCAGCAAGCUCUUCGAUAGCAAGGCGGCUGAUGGAAAGGUGGCAUCUGAUGCCAGCAAGGAGUCCGCGAUCCAGCAGGCUGGUGAGAUGGCUUUGAAGAUGUACAUGAAGAGCCAAGGAGGUGGUCAGUCAGGACCCUCUGGACUCUUGGGCAUUGCUUCCAAGUUUUUCUAA